AUGGAAUCCGCCAACACCCCCGCGCUACUUCUUCUGGAUCUGCCGCCUUCAGCCCUCGCGGGCAUCGAUCUUCUCAGCUUCACAGUCACGCCUCGAUUUCGCGGUGUGAAAGACCUUCCGCCGGGCUUCCACUUCGCUUUCGCGGGAACAAGUGCAGCAUUUUCCGAGCGACACGGACUGUGGUUUCGCAUCCCAGGCCGCACAGAGUCGAGAGAAACACCGCUGUUUGUGGCGAAAUGGGAUGCAAAGGAGGAAACGCUGAUAGCCGAGUCCGAUGACGCUGAGAAGUUGCGAUGGCGAGCGAAUGUGGGUAGCAUCUGGAGGGAAGGACUGACUCCAUACCGACAAACGAGCACUGCAGCAUCGCAAGACGAAGCAGAGGAAGAAGUCGUUGACUGGCCAAUUUUGACGUCUUCUAUCACUGCAGCACUUCUCAACCGGAUCACUGGUGGCGACUCGACACGAUGGCGCUUGUCAUCGGCCAGCUCGGCAAGACGAGAUAUCGAAGACAUUCCUGGGCUUAACGAAGACGACAAGAAAGAAUUACAGGCAGAUCGAGAGCUUUACUUCUUACCCAUUGACUUGAAGCAGACGUGGCGAGAGGGCGCAACCGGGCGAGAGCGUACAGAAGCAGCGCAAGACCGAACAUGGGCGUUAAAUCACGUCGUCGAGCAGCACUGCACGGAUGGCGACAUGAGCGAGGUCAUCGGAGAGAUGCAGUUCUGCUUUCUAAUGCUUCUGACACUCAGCAACUUCUCAUGCCUCGAGCAGUGGAAGCGCAUCUUGUCUCUGAUAUUUACGUGCAAGAGCGCGGUCCAGACAAGCCCAGACUUCUUCAUCAAAGCCAUUGCGGCACUACGUCUGCAACUACAGCACUGCAAGGACGCCGAGGGAGAACUCAUAGAUCUCGCCGACGAAGGCGGCUCCUUGCUCAAGCAACUACUUGUCAGGUUCCGGAAAGGUCUCGAAGGGUUGACAGGUACCGGAGUGCAAGAUGUAGUUGACGAGCUCGAUGAUGUUGAGGAGUAUCUCCGCCAAGAUCAUGGUUGGCAGUUCGGUGGUAACUAUGCUCGUUCGGGAGUGCUAGAACUUGAAGACGGCGAGCAAGUGCAAAUGGAAAGCACGGCUUAUGAUGAAGAUGACGAGACUGGCGAAUUUGCACCCCAGAUUGUUGAUCUGACACCUCAGCAGGCUCGAAUGCUCGGUGUUACUGCGCAAGACACACGAGAUUUAGGCCUGAUGCAAGAAGUUGGCGAUGAGGAAGAUAUGCAAGAUGUCGACGAGAUGGAUGCUCGCUACUGA